ACGUAACUUACUGGUUAAUGAGAAAUGAAGCAUUCUGAUUGGCUAACGAGACUUUCAUUUUAAGGGCCACUAAAGAAGCACAACCAGUAUCUAUUUACGUGGGCUCCACCCUUCUAUGACGAUUAUUGAAAAUUAACCAGUAAGGAGCGUACUGCUGCGAGAGCCUUCAUUUGCAUACAAGCUCUAUAAGUAGCGCGUUACCAGCCCCUUCUGUUGGAAUCGGCGCUUCCCUUUUUAGUUUGUGGUUGCUUCUUCGAGCGGUGGAAAAAUGCCGGAUCCAGCGAAAUCUGCUCCUGCUCCCAAAAAGGGUUCGAAAAAGGCUGUUACGAAAGUGCAAAAGAAGGAUGGGAAGAAGCGCAAGCGCAGCCGCAAGGAGAGCUACUCGGUGUACGUGUACAAGGUGCUAAAGCAGGUGCACCCCGACACCGGCAUCUCGUCCAAGGCCAUGGGCAUCAUGAACUCCUUCGUCAACGACAUCUUCGAGCGCAUCGCCGGCGAGGCGUCCCGCCUGGCGCAUUACAACAAGCGCUCGACCAUCACGUCCCGGGAGAUCCAGACGGCCGUGCGCCUGCUGCUGCCCGGGGAGCUGGCCAAGCACGCCGUGUCCGAGGGCACCAAGGCCGUCACCAAGUACACCAGCUCGAAGCAUCCUACCUACAGCUGGUCCAGUUGGGGUGUGGUUGGUACACAGGACCCUGAUGUGAUGUUUUGAGUGUAUUGACUUCAUCUCAUCUGGGCAAGAAUAUGGCAAAAUUCCACUUUUAUAAUUGGUUCGAGGCUUGGCUAAUGCUUGAUCGUUUGAAUCCAGGAGCCUCUAUGUCAACCUCCAUGAGCACAUCAAGAGACAGUCAUCUUCAAAA